AAUCCCAGAAAGUCAAAAAAAAAGUCAUUGUCACCACAAAUUUCAAUUUCUCCACUACUGUACAACAAAUCAACGAGCGGGAAAAUAAUAUCUUUUCAAAUCCACCGAUUUCACUAUAUUCAUUCGCCAUCAAUCAUCUUCCACAGAUUUCAGUUACACUUCACCUUCAACAUCCUCUUCCUACGUUUUUAUCGAUCUUCAAUUUCAAGUUCCAAAACCCUAACUUGAUACUCGCUAUUAGCUGCAUAAUUUAUAGAUCUAGCUAUGGGAGUAGAGAACUAUCACGUCAUAGAGCUUGUAGGUGAAGGAUCCUUCGGUAAAGUAUACAAGGGGAGACGCAAGUUCACCGGUCAGACUGUUGCAAUGAAGUUCAUACUCAAGCAUGGUAAAAGUGAAAAGGAUAUUCAAAAUCUCAGACAAGAAAUUGAGAUUUUGAGAAAAUUGAAACAUGAGAAUAUUAUUCAAAUGUUAGAUUCGUUUGAGAGUCCACAGGAGUUCUGUGUUGUUACCGAAUUUGCUCAAGGUGAAUUGUUUGAAAUUCUUGAAGAUGAUAAGUGCCUGCCUGAAGAAGAAGUGCAGAAAAUUGCAAAGCAGCUGGUGAGAGCUCUGCACUAUUUGCAUUCCAACCGAAUAAUUCAUCGUGACAUGAAGCCACAAAACAUCUUGAUUUGUGCCGGGGGUGUCGUUAAGCUAUGUGAUUUUGGGUUUGCACGUGCUAUGUCAAAUAAUACAGUUGUUUUACGUUCGAUAAAAGGUACUCCAUUGUACAUGGCCCCAGAACUUGUACGAGAGCAACCCUACAACCACACUGUUGAUUUGUGGUCUACAGGGGUCAUUCUGUAUGAAUUAUUUGUUGGCCAACCUCCUUUUUACACUAAUUCAGUGUAUGCACUUAUCCGACAUAUCAUUAAGGAUCCAGUGAAGUACCCAGAAACCAUGAGUGCAAACUUCAGAAGCUUCCUUAGGGGGCUGCUUAAUAAGGAUCCUCAUAGCAGGCUGACAUGGCCCAAGCUUCUUCAUCAUCCAUUUGUUGCAGAAAAUCUCGAAGAUGUUGAGGCUAGGGAGUUUCGUGCCAACACUGCUGCUUCUAUUGGAAGUGAUGCUGCUUGGAAAGGCGAACAACAUGUACAAGUAACUGGUUUGAUCUCUGCAAGUCCAGAAGACAUUUUUGCAGGUAAAAGUCGAUCUCCCACAACCAAUGAUGAAAAUACCACAGAUUUGAGUCAACACUCAACUAUUGAUCGUGUGUCGCCGCAACCAGAGUCUCAAAGGGUCAUAGAAAGUGACGCUAUACAAUCAGGUUGCCAGCUACUGGACAAAUUGGAAAUUAACUCUCGCAGUGUGAAGGGUGCCAAGUUAAUCGGCCAAGACAACGAAGCACUGUCAGUUAUCUUGUUGCCUCUAAAAAAUCGGCAGUGCAGGGAUCAAGAUGUUCUCUCUGCAAACCAGUCCUUGAAAGUUCUUUUAAAUUUAGUUGCUGCUGGUGCCAUUAAUUCUACAGGAGUUCUUGAUGAAAUUUUUUGGGAACUUAUAGGCUUUACUGCUAAUCUCCUUCGCCUAAAAAAGUCAGAUUUUAAUGACUUGCUGGUAAAGUGUUUCUCAGUUAUCAAAAAGUUAUUGGAUAACUGCGGAAGUGGGUUUGGAGAUUCAUACCUUAGGCAUUGGGUUGCUAUGGUGGAGCUUCAUAAAGAGGUUUCCAGUUCUGCUGAAGAUGCAUCUGGAAGACUUCUUUAUGAAUCGAUUGCCUGCAUUACUGUUAUAGUAUCUCGAGCAGCACAGAGUCUAAAAGCAUCUUUGGCAACCAACCGUGCUGAUAUGGCGAUCAAUGGACUUAAAGAGAUAUUAGAUCAUGCUAAAUCAUCAGGAGUAGCAGAUACUUUGCUUUCACACUUAAUGACUAGUGGCACAAGUUUAAUGUCUGGCUCGGCGAGUUUGUUACGUGUCGCUUGUGAAGCAUGUAGGGCUAUUUGGUCGUUGAUAGAUGCAUUUGAGAUUCAAUCUACAAAGCAAAAUGCACAUGUAUUUCCCUUGAGCUCAAUGUAUUCCCACUCUUUGGAUCGGCUUAACUUUAAUGGAGAUGAUCCUGAACCGUUGAUUGGUAUUGAUUCUGAAAGAAUAGUUGAUGGGGUUACUCGAGCAUUUCUCAGAUCUAAAGCUCUACAAGUUGCGUUUUACUAUUGUCUUCGCCAAGGCCUAGAGGUUGCAUGGUCUUCUGCUAUUCAGAUCAUCUUAAGGUGUUCCCUGCACAAUAGCUCAGUAAGUGGCGUUUUAUGUGGUCUUCCUAGCUCUUUACCUGUUACGACAGUCGUUAGUGGCGGUGGUGAUAAUACAAUCAUCUCCGAGAUAUUUUCAAUACUAUCACUUUGUGCUUCUAUGGACAGACCUUCACAAACAGGCGACACAAACAAUCUAAAAAGUAAGAUAUCCAAUCCAUGUGCUUUAAUUUGCCAUUCAUGUCUUCUACUCGCUGCAGUUGCACAAUCCCUAAAGUCAACCGGAAGAAACUCUGCUCUUUUCAUGCUUACAUCAUCAACAAAAAAACAACACUCGCGCCUCUCUGAUCUUGCACACCAUUAUUCUUUAUGUGAUAGAAUACAGAAUUCCUUUCAACCUCAUUCCAUGUCCGCUAUGUUGGCGCUUGCUUCUAUUUUGUCCCUUGAGAGUAACUCUUCUGUUGAAACAUCGAUAUCUGAAAUAGCCGUGCCUUUGAUUCCCCGAAGUGCCACGCUUUGCGGGUACUUAAGGAUGGUAACCGAUAAUAACAAUGGAAACAAGCUCUCGUAUUGGCACGGGUUUCGGGAUGGCUGUGUAGGUUUGUUAGAUUCCAGAUUGAUGUGGGGUGGGGCUUUAGCAAUUCAACAGUUGUGUGCCAGUGGUAUUCCUCAAACUCUUAUUGAUUUGUUGGGAAACAACCAUUCAGAUCAAAAUCAAAUCGGACUAUCGCCUGUUGGCGUUGUAUGGACUGUUUCGUCACUAUGUCAGUGUCUGCCAGGUGGCAGCUCUACUUUUCGCCAGGUGUUGCUUAAACUCGAGCAUGUGAAACUUCUGUCUGAUUUAUUAUCAGAUGUACAUCUUAAGCUUAUAAGAUGUUGGGGUGGACCCGGUGGAGGGAAAAACGGAAUACGAGAUACAGUUAAUGCUGUUAUUAAUCUUCUCGCAUUUCCAUUUGUGGCGGUACAAAAUGUAACAAAUUCUCCAUCUGCUGUUACUGGGACUGCUGCUUCAAUAAGUAGCGGUUUUCUUUUAAAUAUGGGGUCUCCCGGUGGUAAAGUUGGUGCCGAUGACAAAGAGUUCGUUAAAUCAAUAGAAGCAAGCAUGAAGAAAUAUAUUCAAAUCCUUCUUGAGGCGGGAAUUCCAGCCAGUAUAAUUCAGUGCUUGAAACAUGUGGACUUAAAGGAUGCUGCAAGACCCGUUGCGUUUCUAGCCAAAAUGACGGGUCACGGGCCAUUGGUUGUACAACUCCUUGGCAAGGGUCUGUUGAAUCCAAAUACAAUGAGACGGUUACUUGAUAAUUCUUCACCAAGGGAAGUCAAACUGGAUGUUCUAAUGAUAGUUUCAGAUGUAGCUCGUAUGCAUAAGGAUUUUUAUGAGCACAUAAAGGGAGCAGACAUCUUGGAACACUUGAAAGGCUUUCUUACACAUGAAGAUCCUAAUAUACGUGCUAAGGCAUGCAGUGCUCUAGGAAACAUGUGCCGACAUAACUCCUACUUCUAUAGCUUGUUGGCAAAGCAUAAUAUUGUCAGUCUGCUGGUUGAUCGCUGCUCUGACGGAGACAAACGCACCCGUAAAUUUGCUUGUUUUGCAAUUGGUAAUGCAGCGUAUCACAACGACUUCUUUUAUGAAGAGCUGAGGAGAUGCAUCCCUCAACUAGCAAAUCUGCUACUUUCGGAAGAGGAAGACAAAACAAAGGCAAAUGCAUCAGGUGCUCUUAGCAAUCUGGUUCGAAACUCCAACAAACUUUGUCAAGAUAUGGUUUCUAAAGGGGCAAUGCAGGCUUUGUUGAAGUUGGUUGAAGAUUGUUCAGUUGUCAUCCCCAACCCAAGUAGGAAAGAUGCUAUUAGCGAGUCACCGUUAAAAAUAGCUCUUUUUGCAUUGUAUAAGAUGUGCACACACGCACCUUGUCGACAGUUUCUUCGCACAUCUGAUCGUUACCCAGUACUUGGAAAACUCCGGGAAUCAGGAGAUGAUACGAUUUCUGAAUAUGCUUCUGCCAUUCUUAAAAAAACUGCUCAACCGUGAUGACAACCUUUAUUUGGCACAGGGAGCAUGACAUACUCCAGUUAAACCGCAACCUUUGUUUGGCACAAGGAGCAUGACAUAUUCAAGCUGAACAGCUUAUUGUAUGUUAAUUUAUUUUCUGUUUAAGUAUUAGCCUUAGUUUAUUGAAUCAAAUUUCAAAUCUGUUGAAUGGGAUGAAGAAUCUGUAGAUUGAGGGGGAGGGUGUGUGGAUGUAAAUAUAACAUUAUUCCAUAUUUUUGUAAUGAUGUGGUGGACAUACUUAUGAUGCACACAAUUUACUGAUGUGUUUUUCCUCA